AUGCCCGCCUACUUCCGCUUCCUCACCAUCAUGGCCUUCCACGUCUUCCUGCAGGAGAAGGUGGACCUGGCGGUGGUGGAGGUUGGCAUUGGCGGUGCCUACGACUGCACCAACAUCAUCAGGGCACCGGUGGUGUGUGGGAUCUCCGCCCUGGGCAUCGACCACACCAGUAUCCUGGGGGACACCAUGGAGAAGAUCGCCUGGCAGAAGGGGGGCAUUUUUAAGCGCGGCGUGCCGGCCUUCACCGUGGCGCAGCCGGAGCGGCCGCUGGGGGGCUUGCGGGACACGGAGUGGCUUGGCCGGACCCAGGUGCUGCCCCGGGGUCCUGUGACCUGGUACCUGGAUGGUGCCCACACCACCAGCAGCAUCCAGGCUUGUGUCCGCUGGUUCCGCCAGGCUGCCCUCAACCAGGACAAACCCUACGAUGGUUCCGAGGUGCGUGUGCUGCUCUUCAAUGCCACAGGGGACCGGGACACGGCGGCACUGCUCAAGCUGCUGGUGCCCUGCCACUUCGACUAUGCCAUUUUCUGCCCCAACUUCACAGAGGUGUCGGUGCCCAGCAACGUGGGUGAGUUCCAGGGAGCUGGGGUGUCCCCCUGA